AUGGAAGACACUCAAGAAAAUAAUAGUGAUCUAUAUUCCGAUUUUUCUGAUGAAGAGUAACGCCAUAAAGACUUAAAAACCCGAUAUAAGUAUUAAAGACAGUAAAAAAUUCCUCCUUAAAUAACACAACUAAUUGGAGAUGCAAAUUACAAAUAUUAUUUUCAAGAUAAGGCCACUGAAGCAAUAUAAAUAGCAAAAGAUAUAAUUCGCCAAUAUCCAUCUUUUUCUGAUCCUUAUGAAUUAUUAGGAAAUAUAUUCGAAGACUAUAAAAUGAUAAAAGAAGCUGCUGAAUAUUAAUUUUUAGCAGCUUAUUAGAGUAAUUCUUCAGCUAAAAAAUGGGAAUAAAUAGGUUAUUUAUAUAAAGAAGCAAAAUGCUUUGAUAGUGCGGGUUAUUGUUUUGGUAGAGCAUUAAAAAGUGAAGGAUAAAACUCUUAAUUAUGGUUUGAAAGAGGAAAAUGUUACUAAUAAAUAGGAGAAUUAAAAAAGGCGAUUCAUUGUUAUGAAAAAGUUAUGUUUAUGAAUGAAAAUAAUAUAGAAGCUGUAAAAAAUUGUGCAAAACUUUAUCUAAAACUUGACAAUCAUGAAGAAAGUAUUAAAAUACUUAAAAAAUAUACUAAAAACAAUACAGAAAACAAAGAUUUUAAUUUAAUUCAUAUGAUAUGUUAAAUAUAUAAUAUGGUAAAAAAAAACAUAUAUAUUAAUUAUAUAAAAAUUAAUAGAAAUAAUAAUUUGAGAAUUUAGUUGAUUUUUUAAAUGAAAUAUUAUAAAUAACUAAAUAAGAACUUUUUGAGAAUUAAAUAUAAAAAAUAAUACAAUUACCUUUAUCAAUAUAAAUAUUUUACGCUAUAUCUUUACAUAGAACCUCCUAAACAUAAAAAAGUGACUUAAUAUUCCAAAACACUAUUGAAAAGAGAUAAUUUUCUUUAUUACAGGAUGAAGACUAAGAAUAUAUAAAAUUAAUGCAAGAAUUAUCCGAAAUGUACACAGAAGCCUAAGAUUAAUAAAAAUCAUUAAAAAUAUACGAAACUUUGACAUAACUAAACAUUUAAGAUAGUCAUAAAAGGCAAGAAAUAUAUGAAAAAUAUGGCAUUUUAUUAUUAAAUUUAAACUACACACCCUAAAACAUACUCAAAGUUGAGAAUAUUAUUAAAGAAUAUCCCUAAAUAAUUGAUUUAAGGAUGAUUUUAUCAUAAAAAUAUCAAUAGGAAGGCCGAAAUGUUGAAUCCUUGAAUAUUUUAAGUCAAAAUGAAGAUGCGGAGUAUAUUUUUAUUGACGAAGAAUUAAAUUCAUAAGAAAAGGAAAAUUUCCGCUUAAAAAAAAACGAUAAUAUUGAACAAUUUUUUCAAAAAGACUUCUUUUAACAAACUGAAAAUAAAAUAAAUUAACUCCUCUAAAAAUAUGACGUCAAAAAAUUAUUCCUGGAAUAUAAAAAAGGUUAACUAAUCCUCCAAAACAGUCAAAAUCUAAAUUUAUUUAAAUUAUAAAGACAAAUAUAAGUAAUUAAAAAAGCACUAAACCUUGAAAAAGAGUAUAAUAUACUCAAAAAAUAAGUAAUGAAUAAAUUCCUUAUCGAAAGUUAGAAAAAAGGCUUUAAAAAACGACUUAAAAUACCCGAAAAUAGCCUUUAAAAUUAAUUCGAUAAUAUAUAAUAGUCCCUUUUAAUCAAAAAGAAGAUGUAUUAAGACGACUAAGAAAUUUUGAUGAAAAAAAAGAAGAAAAAAUCAAUCUAAUUGACACUAGAUUAUCUCAAAAACAUCCAAUAAUUAAGCUCGUUA